AUGUACUCUGUGGUAUCACAGAUUGACCAAUAUCAUAACUUUGUUCCAUAUUGUGAAAAGUCAUGGGUCUCAGCACGAGAUGAAAAUGGUAUGCCAAUCCUGGCAGGUCUUCAAGUAGGAUUUGAGCUGUACAAUGAAAAGUUUGAUUGUGUUAUAGAAUGUGAAAAAGAUGAAAAGGUUGUGUCUAAAGUAACUCAACAAAGUAACCAUUUAUUUGAGACAUUAUAUACGGAAUGGAUAUUCAAAGACACUCCAAAGUUUGGAGGUAAGAAGAAUAAUGCCAAUUGUCAAGUGACGUUACAACUACAGUUUAAGUUUCACAAUCCUAUAUACAAUCAAGUGUCUAAAGUGUUUGGUGAUAAAGUUAGUUCUAUUAUGAUUAAAGCAUUUGAACAAAGAGCACUUCAACUAACAAAAGUUAACUAG